UCCUAAGCGCUGCUCUGCCAGCAAGAGGAAGAGCUAGUGUGCCGUGUCGUUGAUCCAAAUGUGCGUCGAAGCAUCGGCGGUGGACCGUCAUCCUCGAAAAUGAACAAAGGCUGUUGGAAACUCGACCAGGACGACAAUGCUCUGUACAUCGAUCUGGAGGAAGACGACGAGGACGACAAGGUAGGAAAGUCAUACAGUGAUUGGGAUCAGUUGCCCGACAUACUCCUCGAGGAGAUAUUUUCCUACCUGACAAUCAGAGAACGGUACUAUGCCUCGCUGGUGUGUCGCAACUGGUACCGAGCUUUCAAGCUCCCGUACGUUUGGUCGACAUUCGUCUUGGAGGACACGACCCUCACGAGAGGAAAGUUCAAUUACUACAGCGGCUGGCAGUACGUUUUGGAUCACAUGAGGACGUCCACGUGUCUCAACAAAAUUGGGAAGAACAUCAAGUGCCUCGUCUUCGAGCCGAUGAUGAACUUUUACAACCUGUACGAGUUCAUGAACAUGAUUUCUUGGUACGUCGAGAAGCAGGGCUCCGACAACACAACGGUCGCCGGUGUCGGGACGAACAUUCGCAGGCUGAAGUUUACGUUUCCCUGCAACAUGGCCAACAGAAACAAUCCCGAGGCCGUUAGGCUCUUUGGAACUGGGGGCAAGUUGCUCGAGGCCCUCAAGAGACUCAUGAGGAAUCUCGAGAAUUUGAAGUGCUUGGAGCUGAUAGACUUGCUGCUCGACAGCACCGAGGCAUCGCAUUUAAUGGACGACAUUUGCUCCAACUGCACGCAAACUCUGUCGAAAUUGGUCUUGAUUAAUGCAACAAAGACGCACUGUCCCAUCUUACACGUGGGGGUCUUUUUGAAUUUAAAAACUCUUGUGAUAAGUCCUCACAAUCUUCACGAGGACGUGAUAGAACUUUUGGGUUACACGAAGCUGGAACACCUUCACGUUUUUCAAAAUCGUUACAGUCCCAAAGAUGCCACUCAUUUGUUGAAAAACGCCACAUGGAAAAAAAUGAGGAUAAACAAUCCAAAUUUAAAGGUACACUUUGAAAUUGAGAGUAACAAAUCGUCUGACAUUGUGCUUCCAUUUAUUGUGAGCGAAUACAAUGAAAUUCCUUGUCACAGUAUAGUAAUAGACAACCCAAGUACCAAGCUACCUGCGUCAAUUAUUUUAAGUCAUGCAGUGCAUUUUGGUAAAUGGCUGAAAGUUUAUGCCUUGAAAGGAUUAACCAGAUAUUACCAAGAUAAAAUUUUUUCCAAACGAAUAGAUGAAACGAUUGUUAAGCUCUGCAAAUUAUGCCCGAAUCUUCAUACAUUGAUGAUUCGCGACAAAAUUUCGACAGCUACGCUGUUAGAAAUAGUAUCGACCGCAAAAUCGUUGCGAUGUUUAUACGUACGACGAAACGUUGUUUUGAAAAAAUGCGACGCCGAUUGGCUGAACAUCAGCGACUGGUCCGCCAGUCACUGCAAAUGGAUUAAAGAUAUCAGUAAUGACUACGCCAAAACUGAAGAAGAAGUUUCAAGAGUAUUGGGAUAUCGAUGGCACAUGUUGUCAGAAAAAGAGUUUGACAAACAAACGAUCACUUUACAUUUAGACGAAUAAUUUUAGAGUAGAACGUUAUCAAGUUUUUAUGUUUUGCAGCUGUCUACUCAGUUAACUUUCAGUACUGGGCAUCAUUACUUCAGCUUCAUUUUAGCAGUAUUGUUUAUAAAUCUAAAAAUAUUUAUACUCGAGCAGUAUUUCUGAAUACUCACAUCGAUUUUUUUUGUAUGUAUGUAAAAAUUCGUUAUUUACGUGUUUUCUUUUGUAAAUAUACAUAUCAUAAGAAUAAUUGUUAGAUAAAUGACAUAUAUUUGC